UUUGCCCUUUCUUUUCAGAAACCAGUUCUGAAGCAAGCCCUUGUCGUCGUCCUGCAGUGGUGUUUCAGUCACAAUUUUAGCAUCCGCCUGUACGCAUUAGUGGCUCUUAAGAGGAUCUGGCGCAUGUGUAAGACGUGGCACGUGGACGAAUUUGACGCUCUGACUUCUGUUGUUGAGUCCAGUCUUAGCCAAGUGGAAAACAUGCCCGGAGCAGGGAAUGCCAAGAAGAACUGGCAACGUAUCCAAGAGCAUUUCUUUUUUGAAACGUUUCACCCAAUUAAGGAUUAUUGUCUGGAGACCAUAUUUUACAUCCUCCCACGCCUCUCAGGCCUUGUUGAAGACGAAUGGAUUCCCAUUGGUAAAUUUACCAGAUUCAAGGACAUUCCUCUAGAUGCAGGAUUUCAGUGGUAUCUUUCCCCAACUCAACUUUGUGAACUGAAACCAGGUGACUGGGCUCAGCAGGACAUAGGCUCUAACUCAGGCGAAGCCGAUGACCAGUCAGAGUGGACUGAUGUUCAGAAGAAGAUCAUCCCGUGGAAAACCAAUGUUCCAGACUUAGAUCUGGAGCUGGUGUUUCAGGAUCGUAUUGCCAAACUCGGAAAGUCGAUUAGCAGACUGAUUGUAGUGGCCUCGCUCAUUGAUAAACCAACUAAUUUAGGAGGGCUGUGCCGCACCUGCGAGGUGUUCGGGGCCUCCGCGCUCGUGGUCGGCGGCCUGCAGUGCACCCGAGACAAGCAGUUUCAGUGCCUGAGUGUUUCGGCAGAACAGUGGCUUCCGUUAGUGGAGGUAAAACUGCCUCAGCUGAUCGAUUUUCUGCAACAGAAGAAAGCGGAAGGUUACACUGUUAUCGGCGUGGAACAGACCGCCCGAAGUGUAGACCUGACUCAGUACAGCUUUCCUGAGCGGUCUCUGCUCUUGCUGGGAAACGAGCGUGAAGGGAUUCCAGCAAACCUGAUCCCACAGCUGGAUGUCUGUGUGGAAAUCCCUCAGCAAGGUAUCAUCCGCUCGCUCAACGUCCACGUGAGUGGGGCACUGCUCAUCUGGGAGUACACCAGACAGCAGCUGCUGAAGCAAAGGGACACCGGGUCGUGAAGUUUGUGCCCUACAGGGAUGCGUCAUCGGUGCUCUUGAAACAUUUUUUAAAAACUGUGUGCUUGUGUAAUAGAUUCUGAAAUUUACCAGGAUGAUUUGUAUUCCUUUUCUUGCAAGUUAAUGCCAAAACUUCUUCAUGUGCCUUAAACACAUUACCAUAUAUUGU